UUUCACUUCGCCUCUUCUCUUCUCUAUUUUUGUUCUACAAUUCUCCUAGCAACCUCUCAACUCACCCUCCAUUUUUGUUGAUAUUCCACAUAUUAUUUUCAUAUAUGAAGAUGUUGCAAGAUAUGUGGAAUGCACCCCCAGGUUUCAGACCCACGAAAUCGGCUCCAUCUUCCCCGGCGAAACCCCUUGGAGUCUCCAGAACUCGUUCCGAAUCCUUUCACGUUGCCCACAAAGUACCCGUUGGUGACAGCCCUUAUGUCAGAGCCAAAAAUGUUCAAUUGGUCGAAAAAGAUCCAGAAAGGGCGAUUCCAUUGUUUUGGGCAGCUAUAAAUGCAGGAGAUAGAGUGGAUAGUGCUCUCAAAGAUAUGGCAAUUGUAAUGAAGCAGCAAAAUAGGGCUGAAGAAGCCAUUGAGGCUGUUAAAUCUUUGAGAAGUAGGUGUUCUGAUCAAGCACAAGAAGCUCUUGACAACAUCCUGCUAGACCUAUAUAAGAGAUGUGGAAGAUUGGAUGACCAAAUAGUUUUGCUGAGGCACAAAUUGUUUUUGAUACAACAAGGUUUGGCCUUUAAUGGAAAGCGCACGAAAACAGCAAGAUCCCAGGGGAAGAAGUUUCAGGUUUCUGUGGAGCAAGAAGCAACUAGAUUACUGGGGAAUUUGGGGUGGGCACUGAUGCAGCAAAAUAACUACAUUGAAGCAGAGGAUGCUUAUCGUAGGGCACUAGUGAUUGCACCAGACAACAAUAAAAUGUGCAAUUUGGGUAUUUGCUUGAUGAAACAAGGGAGAGUUGGCGAGGCAAAAGAGACACUUCGGAGAGUUAAACCAGCGGUGGUAGACGGCCCCAGAGGUGUAGAUUCCCAUCUCAAGGCCUACGAAAGAGCACAGCAGAUGCUCCGGGACCUGGAGUCUGAAAUGAUGAAUGAAGGUGGUGAUAGAAUUGAACAAAGCAAGCUGUUUGAUGCCUUUUUGGGCUCUUCUGCUAUCUGGCAACCUCAGCCUUGCAAGGAACAUAAUACUAGCACUUUGUGUAAACCUACCAAGUCAAGCCAGCCUCAAGAUGAAUUUGCUAAUGAGAACAUCAAUUCUACUAACAUUAUCAGAAACCAGACAGUUCCUUCUCUGCCAAAGAGUAUGAACCCAAAUAUUUCAUACGGGAACCUACUCAAUAUCGACGCUCCACCAUUUUAUUCGACCAAGAUUACAAAGGAACCAGCAAAUGUUCCGAUUCCAGAAAGUCUGAAGAGAACACGAUCCGGAAAUGCAACUCAAUUGAUGAGAAAAGAGUCUCAGGGGACAAUCACUGAACCAGAAAAUAAGAUGAGAAAGCAGUCAAUUUCACCAGAGAAAACAGAGGAUAGAUGGGCAGGGUUGCUACCAGAUAGCCAGGAUUUUGAAGAUGCUAUAAUUGCUGCUGCUUUGGGCUCAAGUCAGGAAACAUUCAAGAUGGAAGGAAGCAAAGAUACUGGAAUCCUUCCAAGGAAAGUUGACAAAAGAUUGAGGGUUUUUCAAGACAUUACCUUGUCUAUGAGUCCGAGUCCACGAGCCUGACUAACUUUAUUUAUUUAUACCUAUGAUUAGUAAUCUAAUUGCUUUUUUAAAUCACGGUAACAUCAUUGAUUUUUAACUAUCAUCGGAGAUAAACUUGUUCUCCUUUACUCCGUACUUCCUCAAGAAGGUCGUUAUGUUGUAACACCCUAAUGUCUUUAGGUGGCGGUGUCUAAUUAUUGAUAUUGUUGGUGCCUUGGCAAUUAAUCUUCAAUAAAAAGUUAUUUCUUCUUUCUCA